AUGGUGGAUAAUAACGAUAAAAACCCAAAGGAGGCGUUGAAUCACUCGAUAUUUGACGAUCCAGUAGAUUUGUUCAAUUUCAAUCAAAUUCAACCCUCACCUUCCUUAACUUAUGCAAAGAUGAUCCAAGCUUCUCGUUCCGUUCCCGGCUCCAGAAGGAAUUCAAAUGAUGACCAUACUUUGGAUCUUUUGUUGGGCACCAAACUAUCGUUGAAUGAUCGAGAAUCUGGUUUUAGUAGAAAAUUGCCCUUUGCCAUGACUCCCCAAGAACCCAUUGGCACAUUUUCUCAAAAGCAACAACGGUCUUUGGACGAACCAGAAAUCCCUCUAUUCAAUCCUUUGUUAGCCAAAGCAAAGGAAUCUCCAAAUCGUCAGUAUGCUUCUCUAGCUCCCAAUGUACCCUCCUCUGCUUCCGUAGCAUCUGCAUCAAAUGACGAUGAAUAUGCUGGAUUGUUUACAAUGACAAACCUGGACAACCAGCCAGCAGCCCCUCGCCCAGUGGUCGCGCCUCUCAACAAGCCCACGCAUGCUGUCUCACCGCAUCCGCCUCCAUGGAUACCGCCCAUGACGAUGAUGAGCCCUAUCCACAACGACCCAAUGGACCAGGCUAGACGUUAUUCGUACGGCUGGCACACCAAACCGCCACAACAACAACCUGUUCAAGAUCGCCUGGUGACAUCUCAAUCUCAAAAUGAUCUUGCCAGCAUGAAUUUCACUCGCGACGUCUUGUGUCCUCAGUUCCAGCAGUUUGGUUUCUGUCCUCGCCAUGACAUGUGUCCGUUUGUGCACAACGCUUUUAUGCCAAUGCAGCAGACGUCUGUUAUUCCACCUCCUCCUCCACCCACAAGCUCAUUAUAUCAACAUUAUACAAUGAAUCCCACACCAUUGCCCUCGCUUCAAAAGAACCAGUUUUAUCCUAAAAAGAAGAACUUUGACAAUAAUCGAAGAUCAGACCAUCAUCACCAGCAACACCAACAACAACAUCAACAGCAGCAGCAGCAGCAAGAUCGAUUUGCAGAUGCAGAAAUUGGUGAUUUCGUCGGCAAAUUGUAUGAGCUCUGUAAGGAUCAAAACGGAUGUCGUUUCUUGCAAAAGAAGAUUGAGGAAAAGGAAAAUGGCGAGAAGAAUCUGGAGAUUGUGUUUGAUGAAAUUCAUCCUCAUUUCACUGAGCUCAUGACAGAUCCUUUUGGUAAUUACUUGUGCCAAAAGAUGCUGGAAAAGUGUAAUCACGAUCAACGCACUGUCAUUGUUGAGACAGUGGCACCUGAAUUGGUCAAGAUUGCAUUGAAUAUGCACGGCACUAGAGCUGUCCAAAAGCUGAUUGAGUAUCUAUCGACUCCUGGACAGAUCAAGACUGUGAUUGCUGCUCUCACUCCCAAUGUUGUUACGUUGAUCAAGGAUUUGAACGGAAAUCACGUGAUUCAAAAGUGCCUACAUCGCUUGUCCUCGGACAACAAUCAGUUCAUCUACGACGCUGUUUGCGAUCAUUGCAUUGAAGUUGCCUCUCAUAAACAUGGAUGCUGUGUGCUGCAAAGAUGCUUUGAUCAUGCCACGAGUGCUCAAAAGGAUCAAUUGGUGGAGGAAAUUGCCAGACAUGCUCUUCCCUUGGUACAAAAUCCUUUUGGCAACUAUGUUGUACAGUAUGUGCUCGAGUUGGGUGUCACUCGCUACUCGGAAAGUGUUAUCCAGCAGUUUGUCAAUCAUGUUUGUAUUCUGUCUGUGCAAAAAUUCAGCUCCAACGUCAUUGAAAAUUGUAUUCGUACUGCUCAAUCACCCACCCGACGUCUGCUGAUUGCUGAGCUUGUCAAUCAAAGCGUCAUGGAGAAGUUACUACACGACUCGUUUGCAAAUUACGUUGUCCAAACUUCCUUGGAUUUUGCAGAUGAGGAUCAGCGAGCUGAGCUGGUUGAAUGUAUUCGCCCUUUAUUGCCUACUAUUCGAACAACACCUUAUGGCAAGCGCAUUCAUAGCAAGAUUUUCCGUGAUACCAAAUCCAGUGGUGGCAACAAACCUCAGUCUAUUCAGCAACAACGUCCUACUAAACACGAUAAUUUCGGUCAUCAUUUUGAACAGGGAGAACCUUCGUAUCAGUAG